AUGCGCCGUCCCAACUAUAAGAGACGCAAGACUACCCACGAAGAUAGUCUUCCGUCGCACCACAAUGGCACAACCAAUUCCCUGUUCACCGAAAAGCCCUCGGCCGUCUUCACCCCCAAGGGUGGCCGAUCGCAUACUCUCAGCGUUGCCAUUCCGGGCAGCAUCAUAGCCAACGCGCACUCUGUCGAGCAAAAGACCCUCCUAGCCGGUGUGAUCGCACGCGCACUCGCCGUUUUCUGCGUCGACGAAGUGGUGGUCUUUGACGAUGAUGAAAAUGGUGCAGACUAUAACUAUCAUGAGCAUGAAGAUCACUAUAGCUCACACAUUGCCAAGAUUAGAAACCCAACUGAUGGCAGUGCAUCCUCUCCCAAAGCCUAUACCGCGUAUUCGGACCCUUCACACUUCCUGACUCAUAUUCUGUCGUACCUCGAGACUCCACCAUACUUGCGCAAACACCUCUUUCCUAUCCAUUCCAAUCUUCGCACAGCUGGAUUGCUACCCAGCUUGGAUAUGCCCCAUCACUUGCGUGCUCAUGAGUGGUGCGACUUCCGUGAAGGCAUUGUUGUUUCUAGUCCUGACCGAUACUCAGCGCGAAACAAACAUUCGGCCAGCAAGAUCACUCAGAGGAGCAAUGAUCAUCAGUUCCACCAUCGUAACAGCUCUACUAACAAUGGCCCUGCCACAAUUGUGGACACGGGUCUCUCACAGAAGAUAAUUCUCCCAAAUACCCACCUUCCAGAACAUGCCCGAGUAACCGUCCGAUUUCCCCAGCAUGGAUUCCCGUAUGCAGAACCCGUACACUCAUCCACUCCUCGUGUUGAGGCGGGAUAUUACUGGGGCUACUAUGUGCGACGAUGUCGGUCUCUCUCCUCUGUUUUCACGGAGUGUACUUAUGACGGUGGCUAUGACCUAUCCUUCGGCACGUCCGAGCGUGGUAUGCCUAUCUCCACAGUGCUAGAAGAGAAGCCCCAACAAGCACACGAUCGCUACGAGCAAGACCACCCCCCUGAUCGCGAACAGCGUCCUCCAGACUUUCAGCACAUUCUCGUCGUCUUUGGUGGUGUUGCUGGGAUCGAGGCAGCAGUCCGGAACGAUCCCCAACUCCGUGACAUGGCCAUCCGCUCAUCAGAUGCCGACAAACUCUUCGACUACUGGGUAAACUUCCUACCCGGACAGGGAAGCAGAACCAUCCGCACAGAGGAAGCCGUUUGGAUGGGGCUGACGAGUCUCCACGGCCUGUUUGAUGGCACCCACCAGCCGAGGAAGACAUACAGAUAUCAUCACGACGGCUAAUAUUUCCAGCUCCCAUGAUAGGCGCUCAAUCCAGGUGGGAGAUCAAAUUCCUUACCUUGCGCCUAUCUGUCUUUUUAUUUCCCUACCCAUCAGUCCAGUGUCCAACUGCCGCCGCCGCCACCACCACCACCGUCUGGACCAGGCGUACUGGAUUCCGCACAUACAACCCUAAACCACCUGCCACGACAACGCCCAUGGCAAAUUCCCAACGCUGAAAAACCCCCCAUAUCUGCCAAGCUAGAAAAAACCUGUACACAGUAACCUUAUCAGCCAUCAAAUAACGAACUUUUCCCCUUCAGAAUUCCUAGCACUUAUGAACAUGAAGUAGCCCAGACACCCUCAAACCUCAUGGAAUGGAGCAAAGCAAAUGAAUAUCCUUAUUGUCGUAUUACAUACUUUCCCACAAUGAACAAUAUCACAUAGUUUCCAUAAUCAAGCUAAUUUAUUUAGAUAUCAUGCGCGGAA